CGCGUAUAGCUAAACCGAUUACUUCAGUAUUUUUUUCCCCUCUCUCUCUCUUUUAUUCGUGUCUCAUGAGUUAUAUUUCAAACCACAAGCUGUCGUUCUGUGCGGUGGCUGACAAGACAGAGAAGUUCUGUGAGAAGAGCAGUCAUUUAUUGUGAAAGUUGGAAUACAGCGACGCGGUUUGAGCUGAGAGGGAAUAAAGCUGCUCCGAUGAUGAGCAGCUCUCACCGACACAGUUGGGAAAUCAACGGAAUUCCAUGCUGUCGACGGUAAUUCAGGUAAGGAGGCAGCUGGAGGUCCAGAUGGUGUCAGCAUCAGUUCUCCAGGAAUGUGUGGACCAGGCUGUGUGGUGAGUGUAGAUAAGCUCCCUUAUGAGGUGAAAACCCCUCCCCACGCUGCAGUGCCCCCUCCCAGUACCAACAGCAGGAAUAAGGGAUGUCAGGACUGUUCCUCUUUUUGGCAGUGCUCCUAGUCUCCUGCAGCAUCCAGGUGUCUCCUGCUGGUAGCCUGGAAGAGCUGAAGGAGAUCUGGAAAAUUUACAAGGAAGAGUGUGAACGUAAUAACAGUCUAGAGCCACUGAGCAGCGGCCUUGUGUGCAACAGGACAUUUGACAAUUAUGCCUGUUGGCCUGACGGUCUCCCCAACACCACUGUCAGCGUGUCAUGCCCGUGGUAUUUGCCAUGGUACCAUAGAGUUCAGCAUGGCAUGGUGUAUCAGGAAUGUGACGCUAACGGCCAGUGGGUGACCGUGAAGAACACCAGCGAGUGUGAUAUUUAUGAUCCAAAACCACAUUACUAUGGGCACAUUCGGAUCAUGUACACUGUGGGCUAUUCCUUAUCCCUGGUGGCUCUGGUUUUGGCUCUGGGCAUCCUCAUAUUCUUCAGGAAACUGCACUGCAUGAGGAACAACAUCCAUAUGAAUCUGUUUGCCUCCUUCAUCCUGCGAGCCCUGUCCAUUCUCAUCAAAGAUGCCCUGCUGGAGGCCAACCACACAUCCCAGGACAUCAGCAGUGACCAGGACCAGGGCUUCCCCGGCGCGUCCAUACCUCCAGUGGAACUGUUCGUCAAUAACGCGACAACGAUUAGCUGUCGUGUCGCUGUGGUGAUGAUGCAGUACAGCAUCAUGGCCAACAGCUACUGGCUGCUGGUGGAAGGCAUCUACCUCCACAACCUCCUGGUGAUCACUGUGUUCACGGAGAGGAAUUACUUCAAAAUCUACCUGUGCAUUGGCUGGGGGACACCAUUAAUAUUCCUGGUGCCAUGGGUGGCCAUUAAAUACCUAUAUGAAAAUCAAGAGUGCUGGGAGCAAAAUUUAGACAUGAACUACUGGUGGAUAAUCCGUGCCCCCAUACUGUGUGCUGUUGUGAUAAACUUCCUUAUCUUUAUCCAUAUAAUUAAAAUUCUCGUGUCAAAACUUCGAGCACACCAAAUGAGAUACACGGAUUAUAAAUUCAGGUUGGCUAAAUCAACUCUAACCCUGAUCCCGCUGCUGGGUAUCCAUCAGGUGGUCUUCAUCUUUGUGACGGACGAGUCCACUGAGGCCACCGCCAGCCUGCGUCUCACCAAGCUCUUCAUUGACCUUUUCUUCUCCUCCUUCCAGGGUCUCCUGGUGGCCAUCUUGUACUGCUUUGUCAACAAAGAAGUGCAGUCUGAGAUCCUAAAGAAGUGGAAGCGCUGGAAGCUUGGGAGAAAUAUCGAGGAGGAGUAUCGCCACACCUACAGCAAUAUCCCCAACACAAAGACGGCCAGCCUGCUGAACCACGUCUCUCGGCUGCCUCACCUACCGGACAUCACCAAAUCCGCCACUCCAGUCUGCAGCCCCGAAGAGAGGCGCAUGCUCGUAGCCGGCUGCCACAACGGUACGGUGGAUAACAAAGGGGAAGGUGAGUGCCCCUCUGAGCAGGGAAACGUCAGCAGCUGCACAGUCAUGGAGGACAUCAGCCUCACGGAAAAGAUGCAGUGUUACGAGACACAGAGAGAAAACGUGGAGAGCCAACUCUGAACGGGACGUUUAAGAAGAACUUUUGAUGCUUUUGAGCUCUCAU